CUUAUUUCUUUAUCAACUUGCACCUUCUUAGCAAACGCUAAAUGAGGUUGGCUUGGAGGCAAGAUGCAGAAUUCUUGUCUGGAUUUCCUUUUCAGAGUCCACAGCGCAUAGGAAAAAUCCCUGGUGUGGGAUCUUGCCAUGUCUCCACUCUCGGCCUCAAACAUCUUAUAUGGUGCUGGUGGUUGUUCUUUUAAUGGCAAUUUUAAGGUCCUUAGUCCACCUCCUCUCUCUUCCUCUCGCCCCCCCCCCAAAAAAAUCCCCUCUUCUCCUUAAAGCGCAGCUGCAACAUAAGCCUCCUGUCAUUGUGAUCUCGUUUGCUAGGAAACCAGCAUACAUUGUGUGAUGUCACACCCCGUCCCCAGCUAAAAGCAUUGUGAUGUUCUAGAACUCUUUCCUGAAGCUCCUGCUGGAUAGCCUCUAUAUUUUUUUUUAAAUAGACCUGCCGGCACUUUACUCCGGCAUGGUUCGACAACCAGCAUAAUAAUGGCGACCGCUGAAAGUUACCUGGCUGAUCACCGGGAAUUGGACGCUCUUCCGGCUGUGCAGACUCAUCCCGCUUCAGACGAAGAUGAGGCGGCCGUUCCUCCCACGAUUCCCCUCCCCGCCACCCCCCUGCACGACAAAACCGCCGCCGGUGACUUCGCCCUGCGGUCGAUGCUUGAAGAGAACGCCUUCCAAGCGUUGAGCGACGGGCCCUGGGCGAAGCGGCCCCGCCUGUCGCUCUGCGAGGAAGUCGGUCUGGAAGACAACGAUUUCCUCUCGCUCACGUUCCCCAAGAAGCUCUGGAAGAUUGUGGAGAGCGACCAGUUCAAGUCUCUCUGGUGGGAUGACGAGGGCAGCUGCGUGGUGAUUGACGAAGAGCUGUUCAAGAAGGAGGUGCUGGAGCGCAAAGGGCCUAUGCGCAUCUUUGAGACGGACUGCAUGAAGAGCUUCAUCCGCCAGCUGAACCUCUAUGGCUUCAGCAAGAUGAGGCAGAACUUCCAACGGUCGGCCUCCCUGGUCGAGUUUUUAGCGGAAGAAAAGGCCGCGUACGCCUUCAGCAAGCUCCAGUUCUACCAUAACCCCAAUUUUAAGAGAGGAUGUCCUCACCUCCUCGCGAGGUGCAAGCGAAGAGUUGGAAUCAAAAACAUGCCGCCCGUUGCUUUCUCGCUAGAGGAAGAUUUUGGCGAAAUCUGUCUGAAGAGCAGAUCUGGAAGCCCAGAAGAUCCACCUUCCCUGGGAUCUCCUUCCCGGGAAAAUAGUUUCCUGAGCACUUCUCCCAAAGAUAAGAUGCACAAACUGGGUCUCCGGAAGCCACCCGUGACCAAAAGCCUUGGUGGGACACUAGGCCGUCUCAGAAGUGGGUUCGCUCCUUCUCCAGCUCCGUUGAGGUCUUCAGACCAGGGGCCACCUGAGGACACGGAGAACAAGAUCAACCAGCUGGCACCUUUCCACUUGCCCCAACACCCCAACCACGCUCGAGUCAACACCCACGAGAUUGAUUCCACCACGACUACUUCGGCUACCUCUUUGUAUCACGUCAUACCUCCCGUCCCCAACAGCCCCUUCGCGCCAAUGAUGGGGCUGCCCACCUUCCCGACCAUGUAUCCGGACUUAUCCGCCAUGCAAGCUCAUUGGGCCAGCAUCCUUCCCUUUUGCAACCCGUGGUUCUCCAUGCCGAUGAUAGCGGCCGCUUCGGCGAUUUCUAUGUCCAGGUCUUCCCAUCACCACCGAACUCCUUCGUACCACCAUUGUCCUAACUGCAACUGUACGUCCAACCCUCCAUCCGCUUCCAAAGGACCCGGACCCAAAACAGCAGACUAUGCCGGGUACCAUCGAUAAAAAAUAAUAAUAAUAAUAAGGGAGAGGAGAAUUUCUGCAGGCGUUUUUGCAUCUACUUAAAAAAAAAUAAAAAAUCAGGGAAUCCAACCGUGGCCUGGGCUGAAGAAUAAACUUUGUUCUUCCUGUCUGGUUUACCUAGGUGGACUUUCUUUGUAUUUCUUUCACCAUGGAUAACACAGGAGGGAAACUUCAAAAGUUUCCUUCUUUAAAUGCAUAGAUUG